AAUAAUUAGUCAAUUUGUUAGAUCGGAAAACCAGGAAUGGAAUUAAGUGAACUGUGGGCGAUCUUCGGUCCCGGCGUCGCUGGCGCCGUGUUCGGUGCCGGCUGGUGGUUUUGGGUCGACGCCGUCGUAUGUAGCUCCGUAAACGUCCCUUUCCUCCACUAUUUACCUGGAAUAUUUGCAACUAUUGCGGCUUUGAUGUUCAAUUGUGUUAGAAGAGAGGAUAUCGAUUACACUCCUUACGAUGACGGCGAGUGGAGGUUGAAGCUAUGGCUUUUCUUUGCUUAUGUUGUAUCCUUCGUCUCACUGGCUGCUUCAGUGGGCCUCUUGAUACAGGACUCGAUAGUGAAAUCCGGUCCUUCAGUGUGGACUGGUACCGCAGGUGUCUUACAGUGUGUGUUCGUCUUAAUCAGUGGGCUGAUAUAUUGGACUUCGCACCCAGAAUAGCAUAUAGCUCCAAUCUAAUCCGGCAUUGCACUUGAUGACCAGAACUCGAAAGUAAGGCAAUGGUAUGUGCGUGUUUC